AUGAAGUCAUCAGAACACAGAUUUCAAACGCUAUUCGAGCCAUUCCGUAUCAAAUCAGUUGAGAAGAUACAACGUACCACAAGAGCUCAGCGGGUUCAGCGUCUAGAAGAGGCGAAUUUCAAUCCCUUCAUGUUGAACUCUGAAGACAUCAUUAUCGAUCUGUUGACAGAUUCUGGUACGGGCGCCAUGAGCUCUGACCAGUGGGCCGCUAUCAUGAAGGGUGACGAGUCUUACGCGGGCUCACCAAGCUACCGGAAUUUUGAAACAGUAGUGAAAGAAAUCUUUGGCUUCCGACACGUGAUCCCUACGCACCAGGGCCGCGCUGCCGAGAGGAUCUUAUUCCAGUGUAGUCUCAAAGAGGGGGAUGUCGUUCCAAACAACGCGCACUUUGAUACAACUCAGGCCAACGUAGAAAAACGGGGAGCCAAAGCGAUGAAUUUGCCAGUUUCCGAAGCCUUGGAUCCAGAGGUAAGUAUUCCAUUCGGUGGCGAUAUGGACAUCAACAAACUGAUAGAAUUGCUGUCGAGUGGAAUAAAAGAUAAGGUUACAUUGGUGAUGACAACCGUAACUAACAAUGCCACUGGUGGAAUGCCCGUCAGUAUGGAGAACAUAAGAAUGGUUUCCAAGAUUUGCCGCUCUCGAGGAAUCCCCUUCUUUCUUGACGCGUGCCGUUUUGCGGAAAAUGCUUGGUUCAUCAAAAUGUUUGAGAAAGGGUAUGCACAUCGCUCGCCGCUUCAAAUUGCACGCGAGAUGUUUUCGCACGCCGAUGGCUGUACCAUGUCUGCCAAGAAAGAUGGCCUCGUAAAUAUUGGAGGAUUUCUAGCCAUGAAUGAUGAGCAACUCGCUGACAAAUGCCGCCGCGAGUUGAUCAUAUCUGAGGGGUUUGUCACCUAUGGCGGGUUGGCCGGAAGAGAUCUCGAGGCGAUGGCCGUUGGAUUACGUGAGGGCCUAGAGGAAGACUAUCUUCAAUAUCGAGUUGGAUUUGUCAAAAUGCUGGCAGAUUUGCUGAGGGAAUAUCACAUCCCUGUGUUAACCCCACCAGGUGGACAUGCGGUCUACAUCGACGCAGCAGCUAUGUUGCCGCAUAUCCCCAGAGAUCAAUUCCCAGCUUGGGCUUUGGGCUGCGCAUUAUAUGUUGAAGGUGGUAUUCGUUGCGGUGAGCUGGGCGGUGUAAUGCUCGGUGGAGAUGAUAUAAGCUUGGAGAACGGUCACGAACAAGAAGAUGAAAAGAAGGAACUUCUUCGCCUUGCAAUUCCACGCAGGACAUAUACUGAGUCACACAUGAAGUAUACCGCUGAAGUAUUGGAGUACGUUAGCAGACACAAAAACGAAGUCAGCGGUUAUAGAAUCACGUGGGCUCCUGCUGUAUUACGUCAUUUCAGUGCUCAUCUCGAACCCAUUUUCCCGCCAAACCAGGAACACGAGAACGGCAUUGGAAACGAGGGAAGAUAA